CUUAGUCAAAGUGAGUAUACGUGCAUGGUGAGGAUUUAGACCGAGAGACAUGUGUCCGAUAAGUCGUAGAAAAAACGAACGGCAGACGACGUUACUCUGACACCGAAAAACCCGCUCACGAACUACGAGAACAUGACCCCAAGCUUAGCUUGUCCCGGACCUCUACUUAAAUGUCGUACUCGUACACAACCUGCUCGAGAAAUAGUGCGAGAGAGAAAAAGGAAAUAAGGAGACUCUCAAAUGGGUAUAAAAAUGAGCCUGACCCACAAAACCACAGCCCGUACCAACUGAAUCUGAUCUGAUUGAUAUAGGUACUGCUACUAUUAUUACUUACCCAUCUCUUCCUGCUGAUUUCAUACUACUCUCUUGCGCAGAAGAUCUACGAGAGCUAGUGGAAAAAGUUUUACUGACAGUUGAGGUGGUGGUUGAGGUUUUUUCUUGAACUGUGGUGGUGGGGGUCGGUCCGGAGAUAUUGAUAUGAAGUUUAAUAAGCUGGGAUUUCUGUAAUUGGAAAAAGUUUCAUGAAUGGUUUGCCCUCAGAUCUCUGCUCCAACUUUUGUCCCUUCAAUGGGGUCUUGAUUACUUUCCUAUUCAUUGUGAAAAGCUUCCGGUAUACUUAUAAAGAUUUGUACUUCCCCACCCCCACCCCCACCCCUGGUUUCUGAGAAAAUCCUGGCAAUAGGGUUUGCUUUUAGCUUGUGGGUUUAAUCGAGUAUGAUUUGGGGACCUGUUUAGAGGUGAAAUUUUUGUUCUCUCUACUUGUUGCUUUUCUAAGCAAGUUCCAAGGAAACUUGGAGAUCGAGGCUUGUAGGGUGAAUGUGUAAAUUCUCCCUCCCUCCCUCCUCAUAUUACCUCAAUAUGAUGAAACGUUGCUUGUGCGGGUAGAGAGUUCAGAAGCUGCUUGUUUCUGGAGAGAAUCUUUACAGAAGUAAAAGAAAAGGGACAUUUUGGUCAGGUGUGGAGAAAAAGAAGCGAUUAUAUCAGCAGCUAUAUAUGGCUAAUAGGUGGUGGACUGGAAAUGUGGUGGGGAUGAAUGAGAUGGGGGGGUCAGGUGGAGGAGAUCCAGAAUUGCAUCUGAUGAGAAACAGUGGUGAGGAAGAAGAAGCGAAGAGAAGGGAGCAGGAUUUCAUGGCUGAUACCAGCAGUGAUGGGAAUGAAGGGCAGAUGAUGAACUCUACUGAUCCUGGGGCCCUUGUGAUUUCUGAACCCAGCAGCUCCGGUCGCCGCCCAAGGGGGCGGCCUCCCGGGUCAAAGAACAAACCCAAACCCCCAAUUGUGAUCACCAAGGAAAGCCCUAAUUCCCUUCAUAGCCAUGUCUUGGAGAUUAGCAGUGGAAGUGAUAUAGUUGACUGCAUCUCGGCCUUCGCCCAACGCUGCCACCGCGGCGUUUCGGUCUUGAGCGGCACCGGUGUGGUAGCUGACGUCACUCUCCGGCAACCAACCUCUCCAGACGGAGUCGUCACCCUCCGUGGGAGGUUUGAGAUACUGUCCUUGUCGGGGGCUUUUUUGCCAUCCCCAUCGCCCCUAAGGACGACCGGGCUGACGGUUUACCUAGCGGGUGGGCAGGGGCAAGUUUUGGGUGGGAACGUGAUCGGUGCACUUGUGGCCUCUGGGCCGGUGGUGGUGAUUGCCGCCACCUACAUGAACGCCGCCUACCAAAGGCUUCCUUUGGAGGAUGAAGAGCUGCGGCAGGCCGUGGAUGAAGGGGGCGUGCCAUUAGGAGUAGUUGAGACGGUUUCAUCAUCAGCCCCACAUUCUCACGGGUUGGUUGAUUCUUUGUACAACUUGCCACCCAACUUGUUGCACAAUGCCGGGCACAUCCCCCAUGAAGCCCAUUGGCCACCUCCUCCCCGCCCUCCUCCGCCUUCUUACUGAUCAAUCGAUAGGACUGGGAGAGAGAUCGGCCGCUAACCUCGCCCCUCCGAUCAGUCAGUCCUGCAUCUUGCUCAAAAUGUAAGCAGGGUUUGAUGAAGCUUAACAACAUUUUCUUGUUGUCAUUCCCCAUUUCCCCUGUAAACUUUUGUGAAUCCCCCUCUUAUAUUUCUUUUCUUGAGUCUUAGUCUUUUUUGGUUCUUCAUUUGUAAAAUGUUACUUUGUUGUGUCUUAUCAAGGGGUUAUGAAAUUUCUUUUUUAAGCUAUACGUCCUUUUUGUUCAAUUGUUAUAGCAAUGGCAUCAACAUUAACUCAUUGAGCUAAGGUUUCACUCCUCUCUGAUCCCCGCUUUCAUGCAACAUCCUAUAUUACUCCAGCUCAUCUGGUAAAGCGACGGGAAAGUAGGAGAAAUGAUCAAGGAUCGAAAUCCGCAGUGACUGUGUGGAGAUCAUAGCUCCUAUGUGUUGGGUUGGGCCUUUGGUGUGCACGGGUAUAUGGUCUAGCACCGUAGGAUUGGUUGAGUCAACAUCCUAUACACAACAUCCUAUACGCAGAUGGAUUAAUUGAUGGAUUAGAACUUAUAAUUAAGCGUUUACUUUAUAUGUGUCUGUCUAAUCUAAUACGGAGUAUAAUGUAAUAGGGAGUGGAGUAUAAGAGAUAGAUGGAUAGGUUCAGCUGUAUAUUUAUGGUGCUCAUUAUGCUCGCGACCACUUCUCCGUAUAAUAGUCCAUUUUGGUAGGCCAAUAUCUGAUCUUAAGUGCA